UCAUGCGUACGCGGGAAAGCGCGUGAACACAUUUGCAUGCCGAUAUUUUCGUAUCUAUAUUUUUUUAAAGCUUAUAGCCGCACGUUCUUCAUUUCUUCUAUCGCUAGUCCCAUCUUGUGAUAAGGACAGAAGAGUUGGGGUUGUUUUAAAGUUCUUAUUCUUCUUCAUCUUGCUCAACAAUCUCAUCCUUUCUCAAGUCUCAAUUCUCGACUCUAUUUUCUGUUAGUCUUCCCUGUUUCUUUCUUUCUUGUGUUUGAUCGAGGAAGUUAAGUGGGUCUCGCUCGAAUCCGGGUUCUCAUUUCGGGUUUCUGUUCAUCUUUGCUUCGGAAAGAUAUGUAGAAGUGCUAAUCAAAGGAUAUAUCUUCUACCAGAGUUGCAUUGAAGAGGACCUAGAAACUGAUGGGAAAGGCGGACAGCAUCUCAGAGGGAUCUCCUCUGCUUGCCAAUGGAGUUCCCCCAGUGGCACCUCCAUUACCAGGUCCUGCAACAACCAGUUAUCGCCAAAAGGGGCUGGUGAAGGAUGGAAGAUGCAGCUGUGUCAAUGCAGCAGUAAGGGAUUUGUGGGAUCGCCUCUUCGAUGAAGCUUGCGGAGCAGAUGUCACUAUUAAUACUGAUAAUGGUGGCAUCCUCUAUGCACAUGCUAGCAUUCUUGGAAUGUCCUCUCCAGUGAUGAAAGGCAUGUUAAAGCAAACGAGAGGCCGUGGCCGCUGGCAAUCGAUCUCCAUUCGUGGUGUUCCACAUGAUGCUGUUCGGGUUUUCAUUAGAUUCUUGUAUUCAUCCUGCUAUGAGCAAGAAGAUAUGGACGAAUUUGCAGUUCCUCUGUUGGUUUUAUCGCACGUGUUUGUGAUUCCCCAUUUGAAGCGAGUGUGUGAGCACCACCUAGAGCAUGGUUUGCUAACCAUAGACAAUGUAAUAGAUGUUUUUCAGCUUGCAUUAUUAUGUGAUGCUCCUCGCCUUACCCUCAUCUGUCACCGCAUGAUCCUGAAGAACUUUAAGGCUGUUGCUAAUAAUGAAGGGUGGAAAGCAAUGAAAAAGAGCCAUCCAAUCCUAGAAAAAGAAAUUCUUGAGUCAGUCACUGAAGCAGAUACAAGGCAAAAGCAGAGGGUCAGAAGAUUAAACGAGAAGAAGAUCUAUUUACAACUAUAUGAAGCAAUGGAGGCCCUUGUUCAUAUAUGUAGAGAUGGUUGCCGGACAAUUGGUCCAUAUGACAAGAUUUUGAAAGAAGACCAGGCACCGUGUAAAUAUGAAGCCUGUAAAGGACUGGAAUUGCUCGUCAGACACUUUGCUGGUUGCAAACUCAGAGCUCCUGGUGGUUGCACACAUUGCAAGAGAAUGUGGCAGCUCUUGGAAUUACACUCCCGUCUCUGUGCCGAUUCAGAUAUAUGCAGGGUUCCUUUAUGCAGGAAUUUUAAGGACAGAAUCAAGAAACAGAGCAAGAAAGAUGAGAUGAAGUGGAGAAUACUAGUGAGAAAAAUCUUGAGAGCAAAGGGCAUUGGGAAAGCACCAUUGUUUUAAACAGCAAUUGCUGGGUUUUGAUGACAAAGAGUUGUAAAUGUGCAGUUACCCAUUUGUAGAGAGAAUCCCACCAAGAGGCCGUGGUGGGUGUUCCUUUUGUAUCUCAAUUUGAAAUUAUGAAGCAGAGGAUCAAUUCCAUUUCCAUAUCUUUGAUUU